UUGUUUUUCUCGCGUUCUCGUAAUUUCAAUUACUUACCUUUAUUAAAUUUGUUAAACAAAAAUUAUUUUGUUUUGGAAAGUUCGUAGUAUUAUAGUUUUUGUAACAUGAGAUAAUGCUUUACAUUUAAAAAAAACCCCAGCAAUGUCUUUACAAACUAGAAUUAAUACAAACGCCGUUAUUAGAGGAUUGUGUCGAACUUGCUUAGCGAAGGAAAUAGAAUUGCUUUCAGUGUUCGAUUUACGUGCGGGAAAAACGAGGUUCGAUAGCAUAAUCGCUACGAUCACCGGAAUAAAGAUAACGCAAGGAGAUGUAUUGCCAACAACAAUAUGCAAUGAAUGUAAAGAUAAAGCAUCAAAGGCAUAUGAUUUCAAGAUUAAUGCACAACAAUCAGAAGAUAAAUUGGUUAGGAUUUUGAAAAAGGGAGCACAGGAUAUUAUUUGUGAUGAUAUUUUCACUAGUGAGAUAGAUCAAAAGAAUGUGAAAAUGGAGCAGUUCAUACCAGAUGAUCAAGACAAUGAUGAUAUGGAUUUGGACAUAUCCCUACCCUUUGUUGGUACGAAAGACUCUCAUGAAAUUGAUCAUGUGAUUAAAAAUGAGUCUGAUGUUAAAUGUGAAAUUGAUAACUCAAAGGAGAAUCUAAAGGCAGAGGUGUUAUUUGAAAAUGAAAGUGAGAAAAAUAGUUCAUACUGCCCGGUGUGCUGUCAAAAUUUUCCUGACGUAGAUGCCCUCACCGAACAUGCGUGGGAGCUACAUACAGAUCUUAUGGGACCAAGGAAGAGAGGCCGCAAGAAAAAACUUACUAGUACAAUCUUACAUAAAUUGACGGAGAAUGGAAUGAAUUUAAAAGAGAUCAAUAACCCGCAAUAUAAUUGUAUAUUUUGUCAUAAAACUUUCAAAACCAAACAUGAUCUAAUUCUACAUACGACGGAACACAAAGAUGAAAAGAUAUUUAGCUGUAUGCUGUGUAAGAAGAUAUAUUUGAGAAAGAAAGAUUUUGAACGCCAUAUAUGUCUUCAACAACUUAAGGAGAUGGCAAAUGAGGAGGAUGGGCCACCAGUUAUUAAAACAGAAGAAAGGAAACAUCAGCUCUAUACAGAAGUUCGUUUACAAGAUUUAUUAAAGAAGAACAUUGGUGAGUCUGGCCUGAUAUCCGCGUGCGACUCUUGCGGUGGCAUAUUUGGUUCUGAAGAGGAGUUGAAUCAGCAUCGCGAUCGAGAUCAUCCGGAGCUGUCUGUACGCUGCCAUCUUUGUGAUAAGGUAUUUGCAACAUUAAAAAGUGCGUCUCGCCAUCGAGCUGUAUGCGAGCGUGUUGAGCGUCUAUUUGCGUGCCCUUCGUGCGAGUUGCGGUUUACACACGAAGUGACACUGAAUAAACAUAUAUUACGCGUGCACACCGGACAGAGCGUCUCCCUCCAGUUCUUAGAUCGUGAACGUGGAUCGCAGAACUACAAGUGUGAGACUUGUUCCAGGCCCUUCACUAGAAAAGACUUGCUUGAGAGACAUAUGAGAUCACAUAACACUGGAGAAAAAAUCUUUGAAUGUGACAUCUGUAAAAAGAAGUUUACCAGACGAGAGAACCUGAGAGCACACUUAAGAACCCAUGAAGGUAAAAAAUACGCGGAAGGCACCGCGUCUUUGUGUUUAUACUGCGGAAGAAGCUUUACGAAUUCAUCUAAUUACAUCGUACAUAUGCGCCGGCACACGGGUGAAAAACCAUACAAAUGUGAUUUCUGUGGCAAAGGAUUUUGCCGAUCGUCAGAUUUGCAAUGUCAUAGGCGCUCUCACACAGGCGAGAAACCCUGCGUAUGUCGCGAGUGUGGAAAAGCGUUCUCAAGGAGUAACAAGCUUACGAGGCACAUGCGAGUGCACACUGGCGUGAAGCCUUACAAAUGCACGUAUUGCGAGAAAGCAUUCGCGCAGAGCAACGAUCUUACGGUGCACGUCCGCAGACACACCGGCGACAAACCCUAUGUUUGCGAACUGUGCGGGGAUCGCUUCAUACAGGGGACCGCGCUACACGCACACAGGCGGUCACAUGGGCAUUACCCACCACCCGCCGUACCGCAGCCUGCGCCUCUUAUUUAUACUAUACAGAAUACCAUUCCACAUUGUCCCUCACAAACAUAAAAUUCAAU